CAUCAUUUAGUUAUCCAACUCGUAAGCAGCCUAAACAUGGUCAGUUUUGAAGAAGCCUCCGAAUUAGCCAAGAACUUCUCGAAGAAGCCAAGCGAUUCCGAAUUCCUGGAAUUCUAUGGACUGUUCAAGCAGGCCACCGUCGGCGAUGUGAAUAUCGAUAAGCCCGGCGUUUUGGAUCUCAAGAAGAAGGCCAUGUACGAGGCCUGGAGCUCGCACAAGGGUCUGUCCAAGGAUGCGGCCAAGGAAGCCUACAUCAAGGUCUACCAGAAAUAUGCACCCAAAUAUGCCUAAGUCGCUACUGGCAAAUGGAUAAGGAUUAAUAAUAUUAAUAACUCCAAAAUAAUAAAAAAGAAA